CGCCAGCCAAUAGGUGGGGGUGCUGUCGGAGGCUUCUGAUUGGCUGCUUCGUUUACUUAUAAAAGGCGCGCGCCGGCGCACGGCCUUCCUCUCGCCAGGCGUCCUCGUGGGAGUGACAUCGUCUUUAAACCCUGCGUGGCAAUCCCUGACGCACCGCCGUGAUGCCCAGGGAAGACAGGGCGACCUGGAAGUCCAACUACUUCCUUAAGAUCAUCCAACUCCUGGAUGAUUACCCAAAAUGCUUCAUUGUGGGAGCAGACAAUGUGGGCUCCAAGCAGAUGCAGCAGAUCCGCAUGUCCCUCCGCGGGAAGGCGGUGGUGCUGAUGGGCAAGAACACCAUGAUGCGCAAGGCCAUCCGAGGACACCUGGAGAACAACCCCGCCCUGGAGAAACUGCUGCCUCACAUCCGGGGGAAUGUGGGCUUUGUGUUCACCAAGGAGGACCUCACUGAGAUCAGGGACAUGCUGCUGGCCAACAAGGUGCCAGCUGCUGCCCGUGCUGGUGCCAUUGCCCCGUGCGAAGUCACUGUGCCAGCCCAGAACACGGGUCUGGGGCCAGAGAAGACCUCCUUCUUCCAGGCUCUGGGCAUCACCACUAAAAUCUCCAGGGGCACCAUUGAAAUCCUGAGUGAUGUGCAGCUGAUUAAGACUGGAGACAAAGUGGGAGCCAGCGAAGCCACAUUGCUGAACAUGCUGAACAUCUCCCCCUUCUCCUUUGGGCUGAUCAUCCAGCAGGUGUUUGACAAUGGCAGCAUCUACAACCCGGAAGUGCUUGACAUCACAGAGGAAACUCUGCAUUCCCGCUUCCUGGAGGGUGUCCGCAAUGUUGCCAGCGUGUGCCUUCAGAUUGGUUAUCCGACUGUUGCGUCAGUGCCCCAUUCUAUCAUCAACGGGUACAAGCGAGUUCUGGCUUUGUCUGUGGAGACUGAGUACACCUUCCCACUUGCUGAAAAGGUCAAGGCCUUCUUGGCUGAUCCAUCUGCUUUUGUGGCUGCUGCCCCUGCGGCCGCCGCCACCACUGCUGCUCCUGCUGCCGCAGCCCCAGCCAAGGUAGAAGCAAAGGAAGAGUCGGAGGAGUCGGACGAGGAUAUGGGAUUUGGUCUCUUUGAUUAAUUACCAAAAAGCAACCAGCUCAGCCAACUAUUUGAGAAGCAAGGAAAUAAAGGUUUACUUCUCUUAA